UUCCUAUAAAUAACCAAACCACAGGUUCUCCGCUUCACCAAUUCAAAAUAAGCUCAUCAGUACUCAGUUUAUGAUUACAAUCACAAUGAGCAAACACUUUCUAUCUUUGCUUUCUUUUUCCUUGCUGCUCUUCACGAGUUUAGCUAAUCGCUCUGAGUUUGAUAGGUUCAACCGAUGCCAACUAGAUAAUAUUAAUGCAUUGGAACCGGACCACCGUGUUGAGUCUGAAGCCGGUCUUACUGAGACAUGGAACCCAAAUCACCCUGAACUACAAUGCGCCGGUGUCUCUCUUAUCAGACGCACCAUUGAUCCUAAUGGUCUUCACUUGCCUUCGUAUUCACCCUCUCCACAGUUGAUUUUCAUCAUCCAAGGUAAGGGUGUCCUUGGACUUUCAGUUCCUGGUUGUCCUGAGACUUUUGAAGAGCCGCGAUCAUCACAAUCUAGACAAGGAUCCAGGCAGCAACAGCAGCAGCAACGUGACAGUCACCAAAAGAUUCGUCGAUUCCGUAAAGGCGAUGUCAUUGCCAUUCCACCUGGAAUUCCUUACUGGACAUUUAACCAUGGCAAUGAACCUCUUGUUGCCAUCAGUCUGCUCGAUACCUCGAAUGAUGUUAACCAGCUCGAUUCAACCCCAAGAGUAUUUUACCUUGGUGGCAAUCCAGAGGCAGAGUUCCCUGAAACACAGGAGGAACAACAAGGACGACAUCAACAAAGGCACAAGGAAUUGUUCCCUGCUGGACGUAGAGGCGGACAGCACCAACAAGAGCAGGAAUCUCAGGAACAAAACGAUGGACACAGCGUGCUGAGUGGCUUCAGCUCAGAGUUUUUAGCACAGGCACUCAACACCAACCAAGAUAUAGCUAAGAGACUUCAAUCUCCACGUGACAAAAGGAGUCAAAUCGUGAGAGUGGAGGAAGGUCUCCGCAUCAUCAGCCCCGAGUGGCAGCAAGAAGAUGAAGAAGAAGAAGAAGAAAGAAGUCGCUGGGAGGAGGAUGAAGAUGAACGGAGACCAAGACACGGUCGUAAACAAAGGUGGGAUGAGGAAGAAGAAACAAGUCGCUGGGAGGAGGAAGAAGAUGAACGGAGACCAAGACACGGUCGUAAACAAAGGUGGGAUGAGGAAGAAGAAACAAGUCGCUGGGAGGAGGAAGAAGAUGAACGGAGACCAAGACACGGUCGUAAGCAAAGGUGGGAUGAAGAUGAAGAAAAAAGUCGCUGGGAGGAGGAUGAAGAUGAACGGAGCCCAAGACACAGUCGUAAACAACAGUGGGAAGAAGAAGACGAGGACGAGAAAGAAGAAGACCGUAGACUAAGGCAUCACAAACAUAGUGAAGAAGAAAGAGAACCAAGACGCCCCAGACAUGAUGAAGAACAAGAUGAGGACGAAGAUGAACCCCACAGUCAUGAAAGUCAUAAAUGGUGGAAAAAAUACAGUAAAGAAAAGAAACGAGGAUCACACGGAUGUGGGGAAGAGGAAGAAGAAGAGGAGGAGGAACAUAGAAGUGAGCAAAAGAGAAGCAGCAAGGAAAGAAAGAAUGGUUUGGAAGAAACUAUCUGCAGUGCAAGGAUUCGUGAGAACAUUGCUCGCCCUGGACGUGCAGAUCUCUACAACCCACGUGCCGGUCGCAUCAGCACUGUCAACAGUUUAACCCUCCCAAUCCUCCGCCGAUUACGCCUCAGUGCAGAAUAUGUCCUUCUCUACAGGAAUGGUAUAUAUGCUCCACACUGGAACAUCAAUGCCAACAGCCUAUUGUACGUGAUUAGAGGACAAGGAAGAGUUAGGAUCGUCAACAACCAAGGGAACGCUGUGUUCGACGACAAAGUCAGAAAGGGACAGUUGUUAGUGGUGCCACAGAACUUCGUGGUGGCGGAACAAGCAGGGAACGAAGAAGGACUUGAGUAUGUGGUGUUCAAGACAAAUGACAGAGCUUCUGUUAACCAUGUAAAGCAGGUGUUCAGGGCCACUCCUGCACCGGUUCUUGCAAAUGCUUUCGGCCUUCGCCAAAGUGAAGUAACUAAAAUUAAGUUCAACGGAAACCGUGGCCCGUUGGUUCAACCUCAAUCUCAAUCACAAUCUCAGUAA